UCCGCGCUACUACGCGCCUUUGCCGAGGAUUCACGGGAGCUAUAGCAUUAGCUUUGUGGUUGCUUCUGGUUUACAUCAUUGGCAAUUGGCCCUCGAGCAUUCGUUUCUCUGCUACUAUCAACUACCUUGGCCUUCAUACAACACUGUGCACGUGUCACUCUCAUUACAUUCCAUCGAACGAUAAAUCAAAACGAACAAGAUGGCUCUCAACCUCGCAAAGAACCCACUGCUCCAGCCAGUGACCGUCCUCGCAGGAUGGACAUUCGUCAUGCAAGCCUGGAUGCACGUCACAAGAAUCAAUGCUAUUGGUAAAUACAACGUCUCGAUCGACGCGGGCAAAAUCAACCAAGAUCUUGAGCAAAAGGUCCCAAACAAUAUCCAGGCCAUCGCGCAUAACUACAACCAUCUCCACGAACAGCCUACGGUGUUUUACGCCGUCGCACUAUCACUCAUAGCUGCGGGAGACACCCAUGACUACACUGUCAAGGCAGCUUGGACAUACGUUGGAAUCAGGAUAUUCCAUUCUCUGUACCAGGUGCUUGUCAACAAGGUUUUGACCCGAUUCCAGAUCUUCGCUAGCAGCUCAAUUGUCAUUGCUGGCAUGACCGCCCGCCUCGCGACUCUGGUCUUCUAGAUCUCAGAACAUGUUUGGCAAUUAUUGUACAUAUUUUAUAUUAAUGAAGAGAGC